ACUAUUUUUAGACUAAUUGUUUAUGGGAGAUGACAUAUGUCAGAUGCACUAGUAUAUGUGACAACUCACAAGCUUGCUUUUAAACCAGUGUAUGCAGCGUUUCUGGACUUCAUUGCCCAAACUGGCCAUGCAGAUGGUGCAGAUGAUUGGCAAGAGGAUACCUGUGAAAUGAUUAAGCGCUUGAAGGACCAAUACUUUGCAGAACUCAGUGAUCUGUACAGUCAUGUCUCUGGGAAUUUGAACGUUGUUGACAAUAUCAUACCCCGUCAAGAGCCAUUAGAGCAGUAUGAUUGGAUGAGGAACUUCAAAAUUAUGCUUGAGCACAUACUGCAAGUCCUGCAAAUGAGCAAGAAUAGCAUUCAACUUGAACCUGCUUUGAGGAACGAAGUUUGUCAAUACGAGAAGCGAAUUAUUAAAAUGCGGAUGCUUAAAGUGUACGUGCCUCAACAACAGCUUCUCACACAACAGCCACAUCAAGUACAAAAACUACAGCAAUGGUCUCUAACACCGUCACAUCAAGUACAGAAAGUACAGAAACUACAGCCACAUUUGAUACAUACAGCACAGAUGCAACCAAACAAUCCACAGCAACAUCACCUGAUGAUGCAACAGCAACAACAACGGCCUCUGACACAGUCAACACAGAUGCAAGCAAACAUUCAGCAUCAACGGUCUAUGAUGUCUUCGACACAGAUGGCACGGAUUUUAGCAUGUAGGGAAGCCCAGGUGCAACAACUAUUUCAGUGGCAACCGUCUCAGAUGUGAUCAACACAGAUGCAACCAAACAUUCUUCAGCAACAGUCUCUGAUGCAGCAAAACAUUCUUCAGCAACAGGCUCUGAUGCAGCAAAACAUACUUCGGCAACAGUCUCUGAUGCAGCAAAACAUUCAGCAGCAACAGUCUCUGAUGCAGUCAACAGGGUCCUCGAUGCAACCAAACAUUCAGCAACAACAGUCUUCGAUGCAACCAAACAUUCAGCAACAACAGUCUUCAAUGCAACCAACACAGAUGCAAGAUUCACAACAACCAAUGAUGCCAAUGUCAUCUCACCGUCAGACUGAGCAGUCCACAGUUCUAGAAGCAGAGAAAAUGAUAAUGCUAGAGAAACUGUUCAAAGAACUCUAGUGGAUCACUCGUGGCCUUUUUUUAUGC